UUCAAGCAUAGACACAUAAAAAUAAAAUUGUUAAGACCUGAUGUUUCGAAAAAAGACGACUCGUAACCCUUACCCCAACGACAACGUCCAGCACGUAUGCAGUUGUGCUAAGCGAGCAUUAUAAGAUUAAUUGAAAAUCGGACUAAACAACGCCGGAACGUGCUAUCGUCACUUGCUUCCAAGCGACGCAUCAUAGCAGGCUAUCGCGAAUCGCUGUGUUUUAUUCUUUCGAAUUCUGAGUGAAAGUUUGCCCAGCUGCAAAGAAGCAAAGUUUCAUUUGGUUCCCAGCAUCAAACCGGAUGAACAGCUACCAGAAAACGACGGAUAGCUUGGGCAAUUUAUUGAGCGCUAACUCGGACGAAGACGAAGCCUGCUAACAUUUUCGGGCACGAACCAAACCCGCGUGCGCAAGACGCGACGGCCUGACGUAGUUUGAUUGAACGCUCUGUCUCGUCUCGUCUCGUUGUCGCACCUUCCUCCUCCCAACAAAAAAAAAAGAGACCUGGAGAACGGACUGGGCGGUGAGGGUGGAGGAGCGGCAAUCGGAAAACGGGGACCGGACGAUCGUGUGUUGAGGGCGCCAAGGGCGGGUUCGAGUGUGCUAGUUCUUACUGAUCCACGACCGUAGAUAGAACGUGCGAAGAGAACGACAGACGGCGAACAGAGCGUGGAGCCUAAGCGAACCUCCACCCAGAGGGACGUGUGUCGGUCGGGAAGCGGCAAACGAUACAUAUAUAAAUGUAUUUAUGCUAUCGCGAUUCACAGCAUUGAUUAGCAGUGUCUGUUAGGAAGUCGACCAGUGCGGAUCGGGGAAGCAUACGUUACCGUCGUGACAACAAGCGUGCAAAACGCAUUCAUCGAUCAACAAAAUAAACGCAUUGCUGCGUGUCGUGCGCCUGCAAAGCCGGGCUCAAUUUCUCUCCCAGGCCGGACGAGGCGCUUGGAAACCGUGGGGCAAGUUUUUCAAAACCAUCACACCUGAUAGUAGUACGGUUAGUGCAGCGGCGGCCUCACUGGAGUGUGCAGUUGCUUAUCGUACGUGGCGAACAACUUUGUUCCGGUGAUAUAAAUAUCAACCCGUAGGUGGUAGUGUGGCAAAACAAAACCCUCGCUGCAGGUGGAAGUGAAAACUAACUGGAGGAAGGUUCAGUUGUGCGCCCGACAGCAGUGUAGUUGCUCGCGUAUUGUGCCUAGUAUCGCGUACUAGCCCGUGCUUGCUGCAACAAGCUUCAGAGUUAACCGCGGAUACACUAAACAGCGACACCUGUGAAGGAUGAGUAUGAGUUCGUACACCGAGAGCAGCUCGGAGGAGGAUGAUCUGUCGCCGCGUGACAAGGUGCAGCAAAACUCCAAGGGCUAUGCCGACUUCUGCGUGCGCAACAUCAAGCAGCAUUCGUUCGGUCGGCAUGAGAUCGAAAUCGCCGAACAGGAGAUGCCGGGCAUAAUGGCACUGCGCAAGCAGGCCCUCGAUGACAAACCGCUCAAGGGUGCGAAUAUCGUUGGCUGCACGCACGUUAACGCGCAAACCGCCGUGCUGAUAGAGACUCUGAUCUGUCUCGGUGCGAACGUUAGAUGGGCAGCGUGCAACAUCUACUCAACGCAGAAUGAGGUCGCGGCAGCACUGGCAGAAAGUGGAGUUCCGAUUUUCGCCUGGCGUGGCGAAAUUGAGGAAGAUUUCUGGUGGUGCAUCGAUAAGUGUGUACACGCCGAAAACUGGCAGCCCAACAUGAUACUGGACGAUGGUGGGGAUGCAACGCACCUGAUGCUGAAGAAGUACCCGGUAAUGUUCAAGAUGAUCAAGGGCAUUGUCGACGAGAGCGUGACGGGGGUGCACCGGCUGUACCAGCUAUCGAAGACAAGCAAGCUCACCGUGCCGGCGAUGAACGUGAAGGAUGCGAUCACGAAGACCAAGUUUGACAGCCUGUACAGCUGCAAGGAAUCGGUUAUUGACAGCUUGAAGCGUGCCACGGACAUUAUGAUUGGCGGCAAGCAGAUUGUGCUGUGCGGGUACGGUGAGGUUGGCAAGGGUUGCGCCCAAGCCUUGAAGGGGCUCGGAUGCAUCGUGUACGUGACGGAAAUCGAUCCGAUCUGCGCACUGCAAGCUUGCAUGGACGGUUUCCGCGUGGUGAAGCUGAACGAGGUGAUCCGCACGGUGGACGUGGUGAUCACGUGCACCGGCAACAAGAACGUGGUGACGCGCGAACAUAUGGACAAAAUGAAGAACGGCUGCAUCGUCUGCAACAUGGGCCACUCGAACACGGAAAUCGACGUGAACAGCCUGCGCACGUCCGAGCUGCAGUGGGAAAAGAUGCGCUCCCAGGUCGAUCACAUCAUCUGGCCCGGUCCGGACGGCAAGCGUAUCAUUCUGCUCGCGGAAGGCAGGCUGGUGAAUCUGUCCUGCUCGAGCAUUUCGUCGUUCGUGGCCUCAAUUUCGGCCACCACGCAGGCACUGGCGCUGAUCGAGCUGUUCAAUGCACCGCCCGGUCGCUACAAGGCGGACGUGUAUUUGCUGCCGAAAAAAAUGGACGAAUACGUCGCCAGUCUGCAUCUUCAGACGCUCGAUGCACAUCUAACGGAAUUGACCGACGAGCAGGCACGGUAUAUGGGCCUCAACAAAGCCGGUCCGUUCAAGCCGAACUACUACAGGUAUUAGUAUAGCAAGUGCGCUUCGUUCCCGGACCCGGUCGCACUGUUGCGCUGUUUCACAUUAGUCGUACUUGCUAGGUCCGUUUCGAGUUAGCGUAUGAUUUUUUUGGUACGGCAGGAAAAAUUGACGAGCAUUAUUUAAUGGGUAUGUGGCCGCAGUGCACCUUAGGCGAAUUAGAGCAACCAGUGCCGUGGAAAUCGAGAAGCAAAUUUUUAUUUUACUAUUUGACACGAAACAAAGACCGGAAUUUCGCAGUUAGCUGCAGAACAAACGCAAUUAGAACAAAGCGAAUUUAUUGUAGAAGCGGGAGAAAAAAGCAACGCGAUCAUCACUUUAGGAACGUUUCGGCUUUUCGGGAGCCACAAAAAAAUUUACUUACUGAACCCCUUCUCCAACGACCCACAUUAUACCGAUGUAAUAUGAUAGUAACUUAGAGCUAUGCAGCGGCAACUGUACACGGCAAUUGGAAGCGAAGAAAUAUUACACAAACACACACCUUCUAGCUUUUAGGAGAUGGAUUAGAAUGGUAAAACAAUACGAAGGAAGAGUAACAGGAUAACUGCAUACAUGUGUGGGGUUGAUGUGUUAUGCUCAAUGGAAAUCGAAGAAGAAAAAUGAUUUUGUGUACGAGCAGAAUUCCGUGUCGGUAUUUCGAAUUUUUGUAUGACUUCGUGGAUUUUGGACAGCCCGUGGACGCACGUGUAUGCCCUGCCCUGACUCAUGCAAACGAACGCAUGCUGAGAGAGUAACGCAGAAAUUAGGUCAAGUUCUUCCUUUGCGCUGUAGAAACAAAAAAAAAAGAAUAUAUAAAAACGUAUUUCUUCCGCCGCUUACACAUACA